AAUUGAUCCCAGAAGAAGACUCAGCCAGCUGCAAGCGAAGAAGAAGAAAGUAGAAAAUACACAUAUACAUACAUAAAAUGACAAGAGUGAUGCGAUGCCUAUCAGCCUAAAGAAACUGAACCAGUUUUACAUGGUAACUCAUUGACACAGCAAAGGUAAAAUAUAACUUGCUGUUAUUAACCUGGGCUCUUUAAGAUGCAAGAAUCCAUUUGCUGAUAAUGUCUGUGCUGUUAUUGUUUUACCGCUUUGUUUGCAUUUUUUAGCAUAAUUAAGAUCACAAAUCAAGAUGUCUCAUCGCAGGCCUUUUACUGCCAUCGUAGCGACUGUUCUCGGGGUAGCUUUUGGAGGGUUGUUCAUAUGGAAAGUCUACCGCACACAAAGGAAGAGGCUGCCUUCCAUCCAAAAGGUGGCUGAUCCUGUGAAAGAUUCAUGUCCUGAGGAGAAGGACCUUACAGUUGUGGAGUGUCAGUAUAGUGAAUCACCUCAUCUUCUGGAAAAGGAAUUUAAGGCUGUUGAAUGUCAGACCACACAGCUUCCCCCUCCUGUACACAUCCCCUUGUACAAACAGCUGCUGGGGGUGAAACCAGUGAUGGUGAGCUCUGAAGAGGAAUGGUGUCAGCUGUGGCCUCUGAUGGAAAAGGAGCUGUCAGUCUUCCCUGUGCUGGGGCUCGACUGUGAAUGGGUAUCUGCAAAGGGCCGAGCUUCUGCUGUGUCGCUGCUGCAGGUUGCUACUUAUUCUGGACUCUGUGUCUUGGUGAGGCUGCUGGGAUUUCGCAGCGGGCAGCAAGCAUUCCCCCUUAGUUUAAUAGAAGUUCUUUGCAAUCCCCGCAUUUUGAAAGUCGGUGUUGGUUGCUAUGAAGACGGCAAGCGUCUGAUGCGUGACUACAGCCUGUCAUUGGUGUGCACUGUUGACCUGCGCUACCUGGCCUUAAGACAAAGAAAAGAAAUGUUGAAUAAUGGCCUCAGUCUCAAGUCCCUGGCAGCAGAUCUGUUGGAUGUAUGUCUCGAUAAAUCAUUAGAGCUGCGCUGCAGCAACUGGGAAGCAGACCAGUUAUCUCUGGAGCAGAUGAGUUAUGCAGCCAGAGAUGCCAAAGUUUCCAUUGCUCUGUUCUUUCGUCUCCUUGGCCUCUGCUCUGAAGCCAGUCCCACAAGUUCCAGUGGGAGCUCAUAUUCUGAGCUGGUUGCUCGCUGUCAGGGACUGGUUGACGUGCCAUUUAAGGGCCGAGGAGAUGGUGAUGACGGAGAGAAGAGGCGGAAAACGCGGAAGCCACCCACUCAUGAAAACCCAGAGUCUGGUGAUCAACAAGUCCCAGACCCUCGAAACAAUAAGAGAAAACCACUGGGUGUUGGCUAUUCUCCAAGGAAGUCUCCUCUCUACGAUAACUGCUUCCUUCAUGCUCCUGACGGCCAGCCCUUGUGUACCUGUGACAAGAAGAAAGCCAAAUGGUACCUAGAUAAAGGAAUAGGAGUUCUUCAGAGUGAAGAUCCUUUUGUCGUGAGGUUGCUGUUUGAGCCGUCAGGGCGUCCAGACUCUCAGCACGACUACUACCUCAAUGCAAAGGAGAAUCUUUGUGUGGUCUGUGGCAAAGCUGAUUCCUACAUUAGGAAAAAUAUUGUGCCACAUGAGUACAGACGGCAUUUUCCCACUGAGAUGAAGGACCACAACUCUCACGACAUCCUGCUGCUGUGCACUGCAUGCCACGCUGCCUCCAAUGUGCACGACGGCUUCCUGAAGCAGCAGUUGGCUGAAGAGUUUGCAGCACCUCAGGGUUGCGAGGAGGGGAUGCGACUGCUGGAGGACUCAGACCGGCGGCAGGUGCGCUCAGCGGGCCGGGCUCUGCUCAUUGCUGGUGAUGGACUGCCCGCACAACGACGAGAGGAGUUGGAGUCGAAGAUCAAGUGUUUUUUCAACAUGAGCAAAGAGCAGGAGCUGACAAAGGAGGUGCUGCAGGAGGCUGCUAGUCUGGAGACGAGGCUGUUCAAUGAAGCAUACGUACCUCAUGGUCUGAAGGUGGUGCGUGCCCACGCCAAGCUGGGCCUGCAGGGCCUCAUGGACCUGGAACGUCGGUGGAGGCAGCACUUCCUCACGACCAUGCAGCCACGCCACUUACCUCCACUUUGGUCCGUCGACCACAACCACAGUAAGUACCAACGCAAAUAUGGAGCCAACUUGAUUAUUAAGCUCAACUGAUCGACCGGGCUGUGUAAGGAAGUCAGACUACCAAGCCGGACCAAAAGUCCCACGUUCUGCUCUAAUGCGGCAGCACGUGGACUUAGACUGCCGCUGUCAUUUUGUUGGAAGACUGCGGUGCAGAUGGAUGUGCUAAUAUGCCUGCGGGACCAAAAUGUUACCAGCAUGUGGCUGCACUGUGGCAUAAACAACAUUAAUGUGGCCACUGCUAGUGUGAGCAAGUACUCAGGAUCUGUGGUGGAUGGAGGAUAAAUUUAUUUAUUUUUAAAUGUGGUGUGUUAUGCUGCUGUUUCAUUUCCUGAACUCUGAAGGACUUUAAUGAACUGGAACAGACUGCUUGUGGUUAAGAUUUUGUCUGUAUAAUAAAAUCAGCACUGAUGUAUUAACGCUGUGGUCGAAGCCCCGACUGCAUAUGAAUGUUCUUUUUAAUAUGGAACAUUUUUUUAUGGGGGGGGGGGAGAUUCUGUAGGAAUUUUUUUUAAAUAGGAAGAAAACCCUGCAGCCUACCCUAAACGCCCCCACAGGCUGGCAGAUCAUUAGGUCUGUCUGGGGAAAUCUUGCAUUGCAGAGAGGGGCUGCUUCAGAGACCCAGUACUAACUUUGCCCUCAUCUUGAUCUUUGUUGUAGGUCAGUAAAUGAAGAAAUUGGAGAUGGUACUUUUGAUCGUAGUUAUAAGA